GUGAGCGUCCAGCCUACGUUAGAGUAGAACAGAUCAAUUUCCUCGUUGAAUAGUUCAGGCAUUUGGCUGUUUGCCACCACACAAAGGGACGCUGUCCCUGUUUCUCGUCUUCCACCUUCAUGUAACAACCGUGUCUUAAGUGGGAUACGUCCAGAAUUUCCUCACAGUUUCAUUUCUGCACUCUGAUCUACAAUGAUGGAUCCAAUACUGACUCAGAUGGGGAAUCAUCUCACGGAUGCCAUGAAGAUCCUGGAGAGUGGGCAAAUGGAACCAGGACAGCGCACAGAGAAAAGGAGGCUGAGUUGGAGAGAUAUUCCAGGACCCCUGCAGGGAGAUGGCCAGGAUUUUGUAACCAUACUGCAGUUAGUCCAGAACCUCAUGCAUGGGGAUGAGGACAAGCCGCCUCACCGUAGGAUGCAGUAUGUGGGGGAGCAGGCACAUAUGGCUUUGUUGGGACACAGCCUGGCUGCCUACAUCUCCGUCCUGGACAGGGACAGACUAAGGAAACUCACCACCCGCAUCCUCUCAGACUCCACCGUCUGGCUGUGCAGGAUCUUUAGGUAUGAAAAUGCCUCUGCUUAUUUCCAUGAGGAUGAUCGGGAGGGCUUGCUGAAAGUCUGUCGUCUGGUUAUCAAUGCCCGAUACGAGGACUAUGCCACGGAUGGCUUCACUGUCCUGAGCUCCAGGCCUCCUGUCAUUUACCACAGUGCCGCCUGCAGGCCUGGCCUGGGACAGCAUCUCUGCAGCCAGCUUGGCCUGCCGUUGUCUAGCCUGUGCACUGUGCCCUGUAACACCAUGUUUGGCUCUCAGCACCAGAUGGAUGUCGCUUUGCUUGACAAGCUUAUUAAAGAUGACAUGGACACCGGGAAGAUUCCAUUACUGUUGAUUGCAAACGCUGGAACCCCAGGUGCAGGUCACACAGACAAACUAAGCCGUUUGAAAGAGCUUUGUACCCAGUACGACAUGUGGCUUCACGUCGAAGGGGUCACUUUGGCUACACUUGCCCUCGGUCAUGUCUCAUCUGCAGUUACGGCUGCCACAAAGAGCGACAGUAUGACUUUGACCCCAGGCCCGUGGCUGGGCCUUCCAGCGGUGCCUGCAGUCACGCUCUACAGACACGAGGAUCCGGCACUGUCCCUGGCAGCAGGCCUAACCUCCAGCCAGCCUGUGGAAAAGCUGCGGGCUUUGCCUCUGUGGCUGUCCCUACAGUACCUAGGGCAUGAUGGGAUUGUGGAGAGGAUUAAACACGCUUCCCAGUUAAGCCAACAGCUUCUGGAGCAGCUGAAGACACUGGGCUCCAUAAAGACUUCGGAUGUCCUCGACAGGGAGGUGUCUCUUCUCGAGGCUUUGAGCAUGGUAGAGGAUGAGCUGAAUUCUCCUGUGGUGGUUUUCCGGUUCUCCCAGGAUAACAGUGCAGCGUCCAGUGGCGGGUCUGUGGAGGGCUAUUGUGCAGGGGAGAGGGAGAUUCAUGAUGCCCUUAACAGAUGGCUGGGCGAGCAGCUGGCCCAGCGUGUGCCGGCCAGCGGAGUGGACGUGAUCGAACUCGAGGAUGAGGGAACGUGCGUCCGAUUUAACCCUCUCAUGACCGCGGCAGCUCUGGGCACUCAGGAGACGGACGUGACCGCCCUGGUGCAGAAGCUGGCGGAGACGGUUCCCACGUUAAGCUCCACCCUGCGUCUCAGACAGGACUUCAGGGAGGAGGUGUACCACCGUGCCAACCUCACCUUUGCGGAGGACCUGAGCUGGCCGGGUCUGGGCGCAGUGAGGUAUGAGCCCAGAGGCACUGAUCUGGAUGAGAGCAAGAGACAGCAGGAGAGUGAAAAGAUCAACAGUGACCUGCUGAAGAAACUAAAGGAACUGGAUACGGAUUUGACCUUUUCAACCGGCCCUGAAUUUGAGGCAGAACAAAACUGUAUCUAUGUGGGGAUGGCCACUGAGGAUGUAGAUGUGGCAGAACUGGUGGAAACAAUCGUCUCCAUUGGACGAGACAUUGAGGAGAGUGGAAGGUUGUUGGAGAACAUGACGGAGAUAGUGAGGAAAGGCAUCCAGGAAGCUGAACAGCAGCUCCAGAAAGCUAACGAGGAGAAACUUAUUGAGGAGGGUGUGCUGAGGCAGAUUCCUUUAGUGGGCUCCAUGCUGAACUGGUUCUCUCCUGUGCAGAGUUCUGUGAAAGGCAGAACUUUCGAUUUGGCUGCAGGCUCCCUGGAUUCCACUGAACCCACCUACUCCACCAAGGCCCAGAGAGGCAUGCGAGAUCCCCCAAAAACUCCAGCCUCCACUACCAAACGACAGCCAGGUCAAAAGCUGUUCCGCCGUUCGGCUGCCGGCUCGGAUUCCAUGAGUGAGACGAGCUCUGUCGGACAACUGGAGGAAUCUUUCAGCGAACAGAGUCCCAUUCCAGCUCCCGAGGAGGCGGUGGCCGAAGUUCCUCAGGAAUUCCCGGAGGAAUCCGUGUCCGCGGAGGCCGCUGGCCUGGGAGAGGAGACGGCAUCGUCUGACCAGCGUGUGCCCGAGGGCCGGGAGACGGAGGAGGGAGAGUCCAUUAGAUAGGACCGGACCGCUCUGACCGCUUAUCUUUAGACAGCUAAGCUUUGUGACCGGCAGACGCGGUCAAAGGCCUUAAACGUAUGUCCUGACCUUGAUGCCUUCAGCAAAUCACUUCUUCGGUUGGCAGAAAAUGAAGCUUUAUAUGCAAAUAAUUGAACACUGGAAUUUCAGUAAAGUGUAGUGUGUGUGUGUGUGUGUGUGUGUGCACUGGUUUGUGUAACUGACACUCCCAUUUAUAGGGAAUAGAUGGUGUUAUGGGUGAGAUACACAUUUGUAGUGGAGAUCUGCCUUGAGUUACAGCCCUCAGUCAUUCCAAGUUCAGUGCACUUCUGAGUCUUUUUCACAUUCUAGUCCGUCCUGUGUUUUUCAUUUGGAGGGUUUGGGUGAUAUCUUUAAUCUUUGGAGGGCUAGUGUGGCCUUACCUUCACUAUUAAUGUUUCAUAAAAAAAAAAAAGUUUCAUUUUUCAGAUAAUGUUUGUUUGCUAGAAUUAGUAUGGGUUUUUUUUGGGGGGGGGGGGUAUUUAUUUAAUACUGUCUAGUUAGAGUUACAGCCAAAAAGACAGAAAAAAACAGACAUGAGAUAGAUAGCUUUGAGAUUCGUACAAUUACUUCUAAUGAAGAUCAGAUAAAGAUCCUACUGCACUUUUGUACAGAAUAUUAUUAUUAUCAAUCAGAAUAUCCAAAUUAUUUAUUUAAUGUGUUGUAGAGAAGUAAUUCAGAAAAAAAGACAUCCACUUGUAAACAUUAGUGAGAAAUGCAGACUAUUUAUUCCUUGGUGACAUAUGAAGAUUUAAAACCAAACUUGAUGUAGAGCUAGAAUCUGUCCAGUGCGUGAGACUUUUCUAAUGUUCACUUCAGAUUGUUACACGGUGCCCACUGUGAAAGUUAUAGUCUAUGUGUUGUCUCUCGUCAGAUCAAAUGAAAAUGGGGGCAGGAACGUUUACUGUGGCCAACAUAUAAGAAUGUAACCAUGUGUAAUUCCUGCCCUGUCUGACCAUUAUGUUUACACAGUUGUUUGAGUCUCUUUACAUUCAUCUUUCAGAAACCUCACAAAGUCAAGAACCUUAUAAAAAAUAUGCCCAUUAUUCCAUACAGACAUGAUGUAAAAAGAAGCUUAAGGCUGUGGGUUAAAGGACAAGUGCAUUGUCAUCAAACAUCUGUCACACUGAAAAGAUCAACCCCCUCAAUCACAAGCCUCAGCAAAAAAAAAAAAAAAGGCUCUCUCAACAUUACUGCUUUCCUUUCCCAUUAGGUUGUGUGUGUGUGUGUGUGUGUGUGUGUGCGUGUGAGAGAGAGAGUUUUUAAACACGCCUUUGCUUCCUUAACAAAAUCUUACUUAUUGUCUGUCAUUCUGUCAUCUCUGGUGCAAUAAAUAAUUGUGUAGGGAAAAGGGGUCAUUUGAAAAAAUGGAAUGGGAU